AUGGCUGCUGAUUUUCUUCCUAUGAACGCAUUCUCUGAGGGCACAGCCUCUACCUUUGACCACAGUCUGAAGGAGAAGGCCCCCUUCACCAUCCGUAAUGCGCUGGGCAUCCCUCUCACCGUGCAGCACAGUGCCAACCUGCGGGCGGUGGCCUCCCCUGGGCAGGGCAAGCUCCACGAGGUGGGGGUAGGGCAGAGCGUGGACCUGCAGUACUCUGGGUCGGGAACCUCCACACGGGGCAAACUGUCCGCUUUGCAACGCCAGGAGAGCUGCCUCUUUAACCUCAGCAUCGUUCCUUCCGGGUACAGUGAGAUCUCCAACCUGGCGGUGGAUCAGCCUGGCAGGAGGCUCUAUAACGUGAGAGAUCCCGUGCUGCAGGAGAACGUGUCUGUGUUGGUACAGAUUGACGCCUCGGAAGGAAACAAGGUCAUCACCGUCCGAUCUCCGCUACAGAUCCAGAACCAUUUCUCAGUGCCGUUUACCAUCCUGAAGUAUUGUCCCAAAUCCAGAGGGAUGGUUAAUAUAGGACUGGCAGAGCCCGAGAACGAGUCUGAUGUUGCCCUGGACUCCUACAGGUGUCAGCUCUUCCUCCAGCCAGCUGGGCGCCUGGAGGGCCAGUACUGCCCGUCGUCUACCUGUAUCGCCUGGAAGGAGCAGGUCCACCUGAGCUCUGAGGUGCGGUCCCUUCUCCAGUGUCCGUCGGCAGACAGCAGCUUCCUGCCCCUCCAGGUGACCACCUUGGCCACACCAGAUCACCUGUCCUUCAUUUCCUCCCAGCGAGAGGACGACUGGGACCCGGCCUACGUCAUCCACCUCCACCCAGCUGUGACCCUCCGGAACCUGCUGCCUUACAGCAUCAGAUAUCUACUGGAGGGCUCAGCAGAGUUCCACGAGCUCCAGGAGGGCAGCGCGGCAGACGUUCUGAACGCCCGUAUAGGAGGUGAGAUCAUGGAGAUGGUCCUGGUUAAAUACCAGGGCAGGGACUGGUCCGGACGUAUCCGUAUCGCCCAGGACAUGCAGGAGUUCUUCCCUGUGUGCUUCGCCUGCGACUCGGCCGAGACGCUGACCGUGGACCUGAGCGUGCACGUGGCGCGUCUGCAUGGACGUCUGACGCUGGCUGUGUUUAGCCCGUACUGGAUCGUCAAUAAGACGUCCAGGGUUCUGCAGUACCGCGCGGAAGACGUCUCCGUCAAACACGCGUCGGACUUCAGGGACGUCGUCCUCUUCUCCUUCAAGAGAAAGAACAUCUUCAGCAAGAACAAGCUGCAGCUCUGUGUGUCCACCAGUUCCUGGUCUGAUGGCUUCUCAUUGGAUACGGUGGGGAGUUAUGGGUGUGUCAGAUGCCCUGCCAACACCAUGGACUACCUGGUUGGCGUCAGCAUUCAAAUGAGUAGUUUCAACCUGACCAAGAUGGUGACCAUGAGUCCGUUCUUCACGCUGGUCAACAAGUCUUCCUACGAGCUGGAGGUGGGAGAGGUGCAGACAGAGGAGGGCAGCGUCAACGGGAAGUGGCACUACAUCUCCUCUACAGAGUGCCUCCCCCUCUGGCCAGAGUUGAUCACAGGGAAGCUGUGUGUCAGGGUCGUGGGCUCAGACUCCAAGUCCAAGUCCUUCUUCUUCAACAAGCAGGACAACGGCACCCUGCUGGGCAUGGAUCAGUUUGGAGGUGUGAUAGUCGACGUGAACAUCUCAGACAGCUCUACUGUGAUCAGCUUCACUGACUAUUAUGAUGGAGCUGCUCCAGCUCUCAUAGUCAACCACACACCCUGGGUUGUCAUCACCUACAGACAGAGCUGUUCCACAGAGAGCAGAGCGCUGAAUCCAGGAGAAGCCCAGAGGUUUGCCUGGGACAACCCUGCAGGGGUCCGCAAACUCAGCUGGAAGUGUCAGGAGCACGGCAGUGGAGAACUGGACCUGGUUAAGGAUGAGUGUGGUCAGUUUGCCUACGACGGUCUAUCCCAGGUCCACUGGGUGUCCUUCCUGGAUGGUCGCCAGCGCGUGCUGCUCUUCACCGAGGACGUUGCCGUGGUGACCAAGGCGCGGCAGGCGGAGGAGCUGGAGCAGUUCCAACAGGAAGUGAACGUGUCGCUGCAGAACCUUGGCCUGUCGCUCGUCAACAACGACAACCGCCAGGAGAUUGCGUAUGUCGGCAUCACCAGCUCUGGGGUGGUGUGGGAGAUGAGACUGAAGAGCCGAUGGAAGCCUUUCAACCAGAGGAACAUCAGGCUGUUGGAGAAGGCCUACCAGAAACACCUGGCUGGAGGCACACCUGAGCCCGGCUGGGUCAAACUGGAGACCAACUUACAGGUAUGGUACUUCAUGGUUCUGGUCCAGGAGAUGGCUGUGAAGAUUGACCAGGGAUUCCUGGGAGCCAUCUUGGCCCGGACUCCAGCUGCCGAUUCGCAUGUGGACAAACAGAAGACCAAGCUGAUAGAGAAGGACUUGGCGAUGUUACAGGCUGAAUUGAUGGAGGCGUCCAUGACCGACAACUCAGGCCUCAGCUUCUUUGAAUACUUCCACAUCUCUCCUAUCAAACUACACCUCAGUCUGUCUCUGGGCUCUAGUGGAGACGAGUCUGGUCAACAGGAGAUGAUGGCCAUCCAGUCAGUUAACCUUCUGUUGAAGAGUCUUGGAGCGACACUGACCGACGUAGACGACCUCAUCUUCAAACUUGCCUACUAUGAGGUGAACUACCAGUUCUACAGGACAGAGAAGCUGAUGUGGGCUGUGGUCAGACAUUACAGUGAGCAGUUCCUGAAACAGAUGUAUGUGUUGGUGCUGGGCCUGGAUGUCCUGGGGAACCCGUUCGGCCUGAUCAGAGGCCUGUCUGAAGGAGUGGAGGCCUUCUUCUACGAGCCCUUCCAGGUGACUGUCACCACCCUCCAGCUGUUCUCCUAGGACCACUUCCUGACG